UGGGGUGGACAUCUGGGGACCACAUCACAACCCGGCCUCAUGCCGCUUCACGUCAGCGUCACCGUGGGGGGCAAGCAGUACCUCCUGGGACUCUAUGACACAGCUGGACAGGAAGACUAUGAUCGUCUGAGGCCUUUAUCUUAUCCAAUGACCGAUGUCUUCCUCAUAUGCUUCUCUGUGGUAAAUCCAGCCUCAUUUCAAAAUGUGAAAGAGGAGUGGGUGCCAGAACUUAAGGAAUAUGCACCAAAUGUACCCUUUUUAUUAAUAGGAACUCAGAUUGAUCUCCGAGAUGACCCCAAAACUUUAGCAAGACUGAAUGAUAUGAAAGAAAAACCUAUUUGUGUGGAACAAGGACAGAAACUCGCAAAAGAGAUAGGAGCAUGCUGCUAUGUGGAAUGUUCAGCUUUAACUCAGAAGGGACUGAAGACUGUUUUUGAUGAGGCUAUCAUAGCCAUUUUAACUCCAAAGAAACAUACAGUAAAAAAAAGAAUAGGAUCAAGAUGUAUAAACUGUUGUUUGAUUACGUGAAAAACAUCUUCAGUGGCCAAGGAAACUGUUCAUUUCUCUCAGAAAGCAUAUGAAAUGUGCUACAGCUAUACUCAGACCUCUUACAGAUAACGGAGCAGUUUAAAACUUGAAAGAAAAAAACAAACCUGUCCUCAGAAUUCAUAGAAUUUAAGAAUGUUUCUUAAAGGUCUAAGAAGCAGCAAACAGCAUCUGAAGCCACAAUCUAUUAUAAAUACUUUAUUUCAAUUAGAAGGUACAAUCUCUCAGGGGUUUCAUAGUUUAAAAAGCUACAAUCACAUCAUGUUGUAACUACAUAAAAAAAAAAAAAAAGUGCUGUAAAUGGAACUGCUUGGCUUUGACCAUAUACAUUUCUGCACAGCCCUUAUGGAAUCUGCACAAAGAAAUAUCUUCUCCCUUUGCCCCAAUUAAUUGUUCUUGUAUGUUAGUUGCUUUCUAUUCCAGUAUAUCCAGAGUGGUGAAAUAACAAGGCCAGCUGUGUAGCCAAAGGUCGCUCCAAGUGUACAGGAGAUGGGCCAUACCUGAGGAGAGGAUGUAUGAGAUCAAAAAAGAACAAAUGUUUCUUUAUUACUUGAGCACAAGUUAAGUGUAACCUAAAUAUUUCUAUAUUAAAGCUUAAUAUGCUUUCUUAAUGCCAAAAGUGUAAUAAGGUCAUAACUGCUUUUAUCAUGAACACUAAAAUAUGUACACAUUUUAGUUAAUGUGCAUUAAACUAUAACAAGGCUUCUGGCAAUGUAGAUUUAGUUUGAUGCUCCCCAAACUGCAUGACAUACAUGCUAAAAUGACAAGUUAAAAUUUUGGGUCACACUUUGCCAUAAUCAUGAACUCAAUUUAGCUCUCUGAACUGGUUGGUAAAUUUUUAAAAAUUCCCACAUUGGCUGUGUACAUCAAAUGAAAUGAGAGGCUGUGUACACCAACUCCCACAUUGGCUGUGUACAUCAAAUGAAAUGCUGACCAAACCACAAGAAACUUUCUUUAAAUUGUGUUAAAGAGGAAAAACCUAGAAUUCGAGCAUGUUACAUGGAAUUUAUAACAGAGCAGCUGCUUCUGUAAUAAAACUGAUGUCACCUUUCAGAUAUAGAUAUUGGCACCACAGCAGAAGUGACAGAACUACAACUUAUGUACAUACCUAGAGUGUAAGUUAAAUGAAAUACUGGCUUCCUAAUACCCAUUUUCUCCAGCCAUAUUACAUUUCACAAUAUUACAUCAAGCCAGAAGUAAAUAAUGUUGAUUUAUUUCAUCCACGAGCAGUGCAUCGUGUUGGUUCCUAGGCAAAGGCUCUGCUUAUGAAAAAAAAAAUUGGCAACAAAUUUUCAUGUUCAUCUGUGGAGUUUACUUGUGGUACUGGAACCAUAUCUAAUCUUUCUCUGGGGGAACAGGCUAUAGAACUGGGUUAGAGGUGAAACGUCUUAAUUACUAGUUCUAUUACCUAAUUCAGCAUUCUUGUUUGGUCUGCUGUGGAUCUGCCUUAUUCCAAAUGCCAUGCAACAGACAAGUGUUAGGUAAAACUCUGUGUGAACAACCUAAUGCAGUUUAAAGAUGCAUAGUCUAAUCCAUACAUUUUUUUUCCAGCCUUUCCUACGUUUAAACUUGUGGUUGCCUAAGUUAUGAUUUCUUUAUGUCUUUGGUGGGCUUCUGUUAAUUUCCAUGACUUGAGUUUAUAGCUAUGUCUAUUGCAUAGAUUGGGUAAUGGAACACUAAACUUUUAUACUUGAAAAUGACAGCCUUAAAUGCUCAUAUCAGUCACAAAUAUAGGAUGUACUGUCUUGUAUGUGAGCUUUGUAGAGAUUUUUUUAAAAUAUAAGCAUCAUCUUCCCGACUGAAGAGUGGAGAGUCUUCUGGAUAACUAGUCAGGAGAUUUCUCUCUGAACUGGACAUUAUUGGAUGUCAUCUUUCUCCUAAGAAGUGGUGGUUUUCACAUUAAGUAUUAUGGCCUUAUGUAUGCUCAAAUGGAAUCUUAUGUAACUUUCUCAUUUAAUUUUGGUCUGCUAUUUCUAGACAGAAUUGAAAGGAAUUGUAUAAAUCAAUUAACAUAUUAGCUAAGUUGUCCAAUACAUGGUCUAAAGGAAUUAAGACAGUAAAGUAUUAUACAUUUCCAACUGGCCUUUGGGGAUUUGAUGGGGAUUUUCUUUUUCUUUUUUUUUCAAAUUCACAUCUCUGAAACACUUCACCCUCACUUUACUAGCCAAUGGAAGUUAAAAUCUACAAUCUGUCUUGCCCUAAGAGAAAUUGAUUAGGAAUCUGGAAACGCAAACUGGUACCACCUGUUUCUUUACUGGGCCUCUGUUUCUUCAUCUUAUUAAAUAUGGGAGGUAGAACAGAUGAUCUCCAGUGUCUUUCCCAUUUAUCAACUCUUAUGAUUCUCUUCUUUCUUAUUCACAAUAAUCAUUGUUGGACACUCACCUUUUCAGCUUCACAUUCUCAAGAUGGUAAAAAAUCAUGUAUAUAGAUUAUUAGAACUCUAAGCAAAGAUGAUUGUAUCAUCUGAACCUGAGGUGCCUUAGGUACUCUAUUGACCUUGAUGGGGUUUGGAGUUUCCCAUUGCUUAUUAAGAGCUUUUUAAUUGUUUUGGUUCUUUAUUAUUUCUUUUUGCAAAAUCCUUCCUGCCACUUUACUAAAAACCAAAGAUUUGUUUUCUAUUCAUAAGCAGGUUGUAGAAAAGUUGCCUUAUUUUCAGAAGCAUGUCUUCAUUAAAGGUUUAGGUUUCAAUAGAAAUAAAGACUAAUGACUGGAAUGACUAUUUCAAACUAGUGAAAUACCCUAGAAAUAAAAAUACUUCAAAAUACUUUAUUGACAUUAACUUUGCUGGUGGAUGCAAACACACUGCUUCAAGUAAGGCCAUGUAUGAAUAAACUUAAAAGAAAUUUGUAGUUAACCAGUUUUUGCAUAUAGAGAAUUAGUUCUAAAGUUCUUAAAAAUUUCAGGGGCUCCCCGAAAUCUUAUUUAAAACUUUGCUAAAUAUUUAUACCUUUAUUCUAUCUCUACAGGUACAUAUUAGGUUAGCCCAUGCUGAAUGAUCAUAUUUCCAAUAAAUAGAGCUUGAAUAAAUGGCUUUUGUUAUGAAUUAUCUUAGUUACUUUAGACACUGCUUCCAUUUGAUUUUUAAUGAUUAAUUUUAAAUACCAAAUUAAAUACUGGUUUGUUGGUUUUUGCUUUUUAGGUGACUGUUACUUUAAUGGUGUCCCUUCUUAACACAUGGGGUUACAAAUAACAUAAUAUGCAUAGUUUACUAUCUAUGUAAAGCACUGAA